GGUAACUAUCCCACGUGAUCGGAGCUUAUCCUUGCCACCACCUUCUUCUGGCACCUUCGUUCGCCCCUCAGCCCAACAGUUAGAUAGAAGGUCACCAUUCAAAGCUCUCCUCAGGACCAACACACAUUCAUCUUUACGCUUCUCACCACUCAUUCCCUCUGGCGCUUCACCGGCGAUAAUGGCAAACUACCAGGAGCUUCGCGCGCGGACGCUGGGCUCAACGCAAGAAGAGGAAGCUGUCACUGUCAACACCCGCGCGUUGAUCGACAAAGUUCUCGCACGAUACUCCAGCGAAAACACGACCCUACGAGAACUGAUACAGAACGCGGCGGAUGCGGGCGCGACUUCGGUGGAGGUGCGAUAUACGACCGAUGUUGAGGAUCACAGCGGUGAGGCGGGCGACGACCUCCUGCGCACGGUGAAGGGAAAGGUCAAGAGGUUGGUGGUCAAGAAUGAUGGUGACGCAUUCAGGGAGGAGGACUGGCAGAGGCUCAAGAGGAUUGCGGAGGGAAACCCGGAUGAGGAGAAGAUCGGGGCGUUCGGUGUCGGGUUCUACAGUGUCUUUGCAGAUACCGAUGAUCCCUUCGUCUCUUCGGGAAACCAAACCAUGGCGUUCUAUUGGAAAGGCAACUCUCUAUUCACCCGGAGAGCCACAAUGGACAAGGUGGACCGGUUCACGACAUUCUACCUCGACUACCGAGAACCUGGAGAACUUCCAGAGCUCAGAACGCUCUGUCAAUUUUUUUCCACCUCUCUGACCUUCGUCAACCUUGCGAAGAUAUCUCUCUACAUCAACGAUAUCCAGAUGCUCGUGUUGAACAAGAAGGUCCUACCGCCUGCAAUCCUGACAAUACCGAAGACUAUCAACACAAUUACGAAGGAGACGAUCAUGAAGAUCGAGGGUGUAAAGACCUCGAACGUGCAGAUUGAUGCCAAAUACAUGAAUGUCACCUACUACAAGCCCGAGAAACCAGCGGAGGUCACUGUAACCGGGUUUGCGCGGAUGCUCUUGUUUGGUCGGUCCGAGACUCCGGCAGCGAAUGGCCACGUCAACAUGUCCAACCUUGCAGAAUACACCUCGGUUUCCAUAUUCCUGCGAAUAGCUACAGCCACCGUUCUCCCUAAGGUGGGUAAGAAGUUUGCGCAGGAGCUGGAACGAGCCACCAAAAAGCCGCCACCGAAGAAAACGACAAUAUCGUGUCUCACGAUGUCCAAGGAUGAGCAGGAUGCGUCGCAGAGCGAUUCCGAGAUCUUUGCGGGAGUAAUACCAACCAAGAGCGGCAGGAUAUUCAUCGGCUUUCCGACGCAUCAGACCACUGGUAUCAAUGCUCACAUCGCGGCGCACUCGGUGAUCCCCACGGUGGAGCGGGAGAACAUUGAUCUCAACGCCAAGAUAAUCAAGGCCUGGAAUGCGGAGAUGCUUCGGGCCGCUGGAAUUUUGGCGCGCAUCCUCUACUGGGAUGAAAUGGACAUGCUGCGGAAGCGUGCGGACGGUUUGAAAGCAGCGGACUUGGUGCAGAUGUACGACCAGGCCAUUCAUAUCCUGCAACAGUUCACGUUUAAGGAUUCCACACCGUCUGUCCAUGUCGGGGACUACAUCAGGGAGGGGUUCUGGAACUGUUCGCUCUCAAGUAUCGAGCUUCUUUCGACAAGAGGAGUGCUACCUAGUAGUAAGGUUCGCCUCGCCAACGAAGUUACUUUCUUGGAAGGACUGGCUUUCCUCCCGGCAAAGAUUGUGAAAGGUGCGCCGGAGUUUGUACACACGCUGGAACGCGGCGGCUACAUCACCGAAAUCACUUUCCAUGAUAUCCAGAACUCGCUGGCCGAAAAGCCGCUGGGUAGUGAGCAGUCCCAUGCCUUCUUGAAGUGGCUCUCGCACCAACUUGAGACUGGUAAGAAGGAUGAUCUUCAAGCUUCGAUGCUGUUGAGUGGAGCAAUAGCUAUGGUGCCGUUUACGAAUGAGAAAGGGGAAGUGGUGGAAAACGGCCUGCCAGUUUCGCUUGGCGACGUCAAGUACUACGUGAACGCUAACAAGCUUCCACCUGACGUUCCUUUACCGCCGCAUUGUCUGCCAUUCGCUCUCACUAAGAGACUUUUGGUUCCCGAACUCGAGAGGUUGACCUGGAGGGAGUUGCCAGUUGUUGACUGGGUGUACUACGUCGCAGGCCAGGCCUCUACUCUGCCGGUUGAACAGAACCUUGAGCUUUCUCCUGCUUUCGCUAAUACAGUUCUCGGGAUCGUUUCCAAGAACUGGGACAAGUUGUCAGUCAGCGAAAAAGCCCAAAUGGUUGAGGCCCUCAAGGACAAGACAUGUAUUCCGACAAGGCAGGGCAUGAAAAUGCCUAGAGAAGCUUACUUCCCGACUGUCAAGCUUUUUGCGGAUUUGCCCAUUAUCCACGAAGUUCGCAACGUCAAGGAAAAGUUCUUGGCGGCUCUGGGAUUGAGGAAAACUGUGGAGCUGAAGCUCGUUUUCGAACGGUUGAUGGGCGGAGGCACUGCGGCCAAAGGCGAGAAAUGGAGCCAUGUCGAUCUUGUCAGAUACCUUACCAGCGUUGCGGAAGACAUCCCUCAAGAGGAUAUUCGGAAACUUUGCAACAUGGAAAUGUGCAAAGCGGAGCCUGCCGAUUCGACCAAGAUGUACAAGGUUUCAGAACUCUACGAGCCUCAGGCAAAGAUGCGAGAACUGGGUCUUCCCGUGCUCCAGUGGCCCGGCGAAUGGAGAAACGGAAGCAAGGAGGCGGCUUUCCUACUUAAACUUGGUUUGAGGAAAUAUCCUGCGGAGGAAACCAUCAUCAGGCUGGCGGCGAGUGCGGAUAAGAAGCUUCGGGAAAAGGCAAUGCGGUAUUUCACUGACUAUUUCCAUGACAACGACUACAAUACCAAUUAUAUUUCCAUCACUCCUGUUUCGUUCCUGCCGUUGCAGAAUGAUAGCGAGAAGCUGGUCAGGCCGACAGAAUGCUAUGCAAAUUCCGAGUGCGGGAUUAUGGGCUACAAUGUCCUUCGGAGCGACUUGCAGCAGCACGCAUCCAAGUUCGGAGUUAGAAAGGAUCCUGAUAUCAAGGAGUGUUCGGCACGCCUGAAGAGACACCCUCCCGUCGGGCCGAAGGAUGCAAAGGAGAAGUUUAGCUAUUUCGCAAACCGGAUGAUGGAGCUCACUGUUAGUCUUUCAACUGAGCUUGGAAGUUCUUCCAUCGUCCCGGUAAAGGGGGAAACCGGAUUCAGACAUAUUCCUCCUCGGAUCUGUUACAUCGGCGGAGAUUCCUCGAAGAAAUACGGCGACAUAUUCGACUUUGUCGACUUCGGAACCGCCGCAAACGCUUUCUUGAUGAAGUGCGGUAGUAAGCCCGAACCAACGACUGUAGAAGUUGCGUAUCGUCUGGCGAUGGAACCCGACCGCCUCUACAAGGUCUUCCGCAGCGAGACCAGAUAUCUCAGUAUGCUCACGACCAUUGCAUACGACUGGUCGAUUCUCAAGAAGGACAAGGAACUCGUCAGAGCGUUGAAAGCCAGUCCUUGUCUGGCUGCGUACAGAUCGAUCUCGUUGAACGGAGAGAAGGUAUCUGCUCAGCCUGCGGAUGAGGAGGAGGAGGGCAUGCGAGAGUUCGUGCUUCUCAGGGCUGAGGAUAUCUACCUCAUCGAUGAUAUCUCCAAUUAUCAUCUUUUCAAGACGGAAGUGUGUGUUGCUCCGGAGGAAGACACACUCGAGAAAUUCUACACGGCACUGGGAUCAACCACUCUUUCUUCCAACAUCGACAAGCGGGUCGUGCUAGGCAAUAAUCUGCCACAGACCAAGAAGAUCAACGAUCUUCAGCAGUUAGUCAUGGAACGAGCACGUCUCUUCAUGCAUAGCAAUAACGAGGGCGUAUCGCGCGAUGCUGGAUGGCUAGAAAACAACUUGAUCAUCCAAGGGGUAGAAUUUAUCAGGUACAAGAUGACAUUCCGACACAAAGAAGGACCUAAAACGUCCCGUGACGUGAAUCGAACUGCUGCCGUGGUCAAUACCCCCGACAAAUCGGUUGGAAAGUCGCAUACCCUGUUUGUCACGCAAAAAAUGGAGUAUUAUGAUAUUGCCCUUGCAUUGGUGCGGUUGAUUCUGCAGAAGCCGAAGCCUCAUAGCGCGUUACUGUUUGAGAGCUUGCUUAGCAAUGACUUGAUGACGCUCAAACGUCGCGGCUAUAAUGUUGGACGAAUCCUGGCGAAGAAACAGGCCGAAGCACAAUUGAUGGAGCAGGCGCGAUUAAAACAAGUGGAAGCUCAGCGCAAGGGCCUCGAGGAACAGGAAAGACGUUUCCAGGAAGAACAGAAGAGUCUCUCGAUGCAGCAACAACAGCAGCAGAUUUCGGUUAAGGAUAGAGCGCUCAUGCCUGGCGGCUUCCAAGAUGAUUCACCACCUCACCCCUUCACGCAGAAACCCGCCGGUGAAGCUGGUAGCUUCUUUUCUAGGAACAUGAAUAGGUUCUCGAAACUCUUGCAGGAGCAACAGCAACAGCAGCAACCACAGAUCCAGUCUUCCGAGCCUAGCAAGGAGCGAGAAACGCGGGUCGUUAACCAGCAACACAAGGCGACGGAGCAUCACCGCCUUGCCGCCAACCUGCAACAAGCCAUCCAAUCCGGCCGGGACCACGCCUCGCAGUCCCUCUUCGCUCCCCCCAAAACGUUCGACGUCAAAGAAGUUGGCACGUUCUGCGAUAGCAAUCCAGGCCAAGACAUCGAAUACGCCAUCCAAACGCCCACGGGAAUGCGUGUCUACGUGCACAAAUCUCUAGACCAAGCCCAGCGCCGCACGUUCCUCAGCACCAAUGCGGCCGCAAUCAACGUGUUUUCGCUACUUCUCCGCAGCAAUGCAGAUGUCUUCUCCAUGAACCCUUCGGUCCUGCACAUCUUCUACGAUCCCACGGGCAGUACCAUCGCCUUCAACAUGCAGGGCUCCAUCUUCUGCAACGUCAGCUUCUUCCUCCAGCUGCAUGCCCAACAGGUGCCCGAGAAGCGCUGGUCCGCAGACGCGUUCACGUACUGGUGGGUCACGAUAUGUCACGAACUCGCGCACAAUCUGGUGUCUGAGCACGGGAGCAAUCAUUCGUUUUACUGCGAAUCCUUCGUGCAAGAGUACUUCCCCAAGGUCAUGGCCAAGGUGGCGGAAAUACAGAAUCCGCCGCCGCCGCCGCCGGCGUAUAAGUCUUAGACUCUUAGACCAGUGUACAAGUAGCGCUCUGCAAUGAGGUGUCACGGAGUCAAAUGCAUGUUUUGGAUUAGAUCGGAUCGGAUUGGAUUAGGCCUCAUCUUUUCGGAGUUUGCUUUCGAAUUCUCUUGCUUUGGUUUUGCUACUAUACAUAUCGGUACACCGCGGAGGAGAGCGGGAGAGCGGGAGAGCGGGGGGAAUAGACUUUUUUCUUUUUUCUUUUUUCUUUCUUCAUUGAUUCUUAAUUCGUUGAUUUGUGCGAUGCGGAUUAGA